AUGGCUGGUAAAGGAGAAGGUCCUGCAAUUGGUAUCGAUUUGGGAACUACAUACUCCUGUGUUGGUGUAUGGCAACAUGAUCGUGUAGAGAUCAUAGCUAAUGAUCAAGGAAACAGAACCACGCCUUCUUAUGUUGCUUUCACUGACACCGAGCGUCUGAUUGGCGAUGCAGCCAAGAAUCAGGUCGCCAUGAACCCCAUCAACACUGUUUUUGAUGCUAAACGUUUGAUUGGUAGGAGAUUCAGUGAUCCCUCUGUGCAAAACGACAUGAAGCUGUGGCCUUUUAAGGUUAUUCCUGGUCCUGGUGACAAACCCAUGAUUGUUGUCACAUACAAGGGUGAAGAGAAGCAAUUUGCUGCUGAAGAAAUUUCUUCAAUGGUUCUCAUAAAGAUGCGAGAGAUUGCUGAGGCCUACCUUGGCACUACAAUAAAGAAUGCCGUCGUUACAGUCCCUGCCUACUUCAAUGAUUCACAGCGUCAAGCCACCAAGGAUGCUGGUGUCAUUGCUGGCCUCAAUGUGAUGCGUAUUAUCAAUGAGCCGACAGCGGCUGCCAUUGCUUACGGGCUGGACAAGAAGGCUACUAGUUCUGGUGAAAAGAAUGUGCUUAUCUUUGAUCUUGGUGGUGGUACUUUUGAUGUGUCCCUUCUCACAAUUGAAGAAGGUAUUUUUGAGGUGAAAGCCACUGCUGGUGAUACCCAUCUAGGAGGUGAAGAUUUUGACAACAGGAUGGUUAACCAUUUUGUUCAGGAGUUCAAGAGGAAGAAUAAGAAAGAUAUUAGUGGUAACCCAAGAGCACUGAGGAGAUUGAGGACGGCUUGUGAGAGGGCCAAGAGGACUCUGUCAUCCACUGCUCAAACUACAAUUGAGAUUGAUUCAUUGUACGAGGGUGUUGAUUUUUACACAACUAUUACAAGAGCUAGAUUUGAGGAACUUAACAUGGAUUUGUUCAGAAAGUGUAUGGAACCUGUGGAGAAGUGCUUAAGAGAUGCGAAGAUGGACAAGAGUAGUGUCCAUGAUGUGGUACUUGUUGGUGGGUCUACUAGGAUUCCCAAGGUUCAGCAAUUGCUGCAGGAUUUCUUCAAUGGGAAAGAGCUUUGUAAGAGCAUUAACCCUGACGAGGCAGUUGCUUAUGGCGCUGCAGUUCAGGCAGCAAUUCUCAGUGGUGAGGGUAAUGAAAAGACAGCUGGUGGAGUCAUGACUGUAUUGAUUCCGAGGAACACUACCAUCCCCACCAAGAAAGAGCAGGUGUUCUCCACCUACUCUGAUAACCAGCCCGGCGUGUUGAUUCAGGUCUUCGAGGGCGAGCGAACCAGGACGCGUGACAACAAUUUGUUGGGGAAGUUUGAGUUGUCUGGCAUUCCUCCUGCUCCUAGGGGUGUUCCACAAAUUAAUGUGUGCUUCGACAUCGAUGCCAAUGGUAUUUUGAAUGUUUCUGCUGAGGAUAAAACGACUGGACAGAAGAACAAAAUUACCAUCACGAAUGACAAGGGCAGACUGUCGAAGGAGGAAAUUGAGAAGAUGGUUCAGGAAGCAGAGAAAUACAAGUCUGAGGACGAGGAGCACAAAAAGAAGGUCGAGGCCAAGAAUGCGCUGGAGAACUAUGCUUAUAAUAUGAGGAAUACUAUCAAAGACGAGAAGAUCAGCUCGAAGCUUCCUGCUGCAGAUAAGAAGAAGAUUGAAGACGCGAUUGAGUCAGCCAUCCAAUGGCUUGAUGGGAACCAGCUUGCUGAGGCCGAUGAGUUUGAAGACAAAAUGAAAGAGCUGGAAAGCUUAUGCAACCCAAUAAUUGCCAAAAUGUACCAAGGUGCUGGUGGGGAUGCUGGUGGAGCCAUGGAUGAGGAGGAUGGUCCUUCUGCUGGUGGUGGAAGUGGUGCAGGGCCCAAGAUCGAGGAAGUUGAUUAA